AUGUCAGGACUGUUUUUGUCUGUGGACUGCUUUGAGAAAGAUCCUGAAAUUCGGAAAUUCUCAGAAGCCAAAUUGCUUUGUAAUUUGGCUUUAAUAUUUAAUGAUGUAGCAGUGUUUGAGGCGAAACAAUUUUCCCUCCUACCAAUUUCUUUUCUACAUAAAAGUACAGAAGCAACGAAUGUUAAAUUUUUGGACCAUCUCUUUUGCAGUGUAAUCUUCCUGAAAAUGAAGGAUAGGAGUCCUGAAAGAGAAAUUUCAAUAAUUAAUCAAUUACUGUAUGGUAAAAAUAACUUACAAAAAAUGGGCAAUUCAAAGAAAUUAGGAAUGAAGCAAAUAAUUAGCAAAAGGAUUGGGAAUUGCAUGAUGAAUAAUGAGAAGUAA